AUGUCGCAGCUCGACCAGAUCGUCAAAGGCGCGCCGCCGCCCGAGAUCCAGGUGCACCAGCCCGACAGCCUGACCAAGACACCCUCGCCCGCCGUCCUCACGCCCUCGAGCUCGCCGGAGCAGGAGUCGAACGAGGCCGCUGCUCCGUCUGUAGCGACUGCUGCGCCUGAUCCGCUGUCGGCGCUGCCCUCCUCGCCGCCGCAGAUAUACCUCAACCUGCUCAUCGUCGAGUCUGCAUUGCGCGCGCAGUACCUGGCGCUGCGGGCCCGGAGACGCCAGAACACCUUCUUCCUCCUGCUGCUCGCCCUCUGGAUUGCCUACUUCACCUAUGCCCUCUUCUUCCGGCCGCGGGAAGAUGGCAGGGGGCUGGGCGGCUCCGUCUACUGGGUCGUCGAGACCGGCGAGAAGGUCGCCCUUACCGGCGGCGUCGUCACAGCUAUCCUCAUCUGGGGCACCGGGCAGUGGGAGCGAGGCAUGCGGUGGCCGCGGCGCUGGCUGGGGAUCACCAAUCGUGGCAUCCGGGGCAUGAAUGCAAAGGUCGUGGUCAUUCAGGGGCCCUGGUGGAAGGAGUUGCUCUCAUACCUGUCCUUCAUCUUCCCUUACUCGGCCUUUUUCCCGUCAAACACAGCGUUCCACUACGUCGAGUACGAGAGGCCGGCCUCUGCUUCUGCGUCUGCUGCUGCUGCUGCGGCGGCGGCAGCAGGUGUAUCUCACGGAGAUAGGCCUGUCAGCCGUAGACGCCGGGGAAGCUCAGUAACAAGUCUACGCCAGCAGCCGGACGAAGAAAACCGCAUAGGGGUCGAGGAAGAUCUCGCUCCAGGGGGCGACUACAUACGGCUUCUCUUGCUGCCGAAAUCAUUCUCUCCGGCCUUCCGCAAGAACUGGGACGAGUACCGGACCGACUACUGGGAAAAGGAGAACGAAAGACGGGCUCGUCUCCGCCAUAAGAUCAAGGAGUUCUCCCGCCAACAGGCCAGAGCAAACGCCGGCUGGCUCUGGUGGGCGAAAUGGAGGUACUGGAAACAAAGCUACCCUCGUGCUAUACCCGUCAUCAGCAAGAGCGGCCGGGAUAUCGAGAAGUAUACCCAUCACAGGGCUUCUCAUUCUCGUCACUUGAACAGCUCCGAAAAGGAGAAAUACCGCCGCACCCCUCCUCACACUGACUCCCAUUCACACUCACGAACUUCGUCUCGAAGCUCGACUCCCCAUGCCAUAUCUGAUGUCGAGGAUAGGCUGCCUCUUGACCGUGAGCGGCGGUCGUCUGUCUCCCGUCGAGGCAGCAGCGGAUCUCCCGGCUCGCCCAAGAGGAACAAGUCUGUCUCCCAGACGGCCUCGGGAUCAAGCAGGUUUUCUACCCCCUUGACUCCCCUGUCAGUCAGUGGCACCGAUGAGGUUUCGUGA